UCCUGUUCGUACAAGUUAACAAGAUGUAAUAUAAUACGGUACGUAUUUCCCGUGUUAUUAAGGAUUUGUUUAUAUUUGUGUACACGACUUGGUCGAACAUAUUAAUUAUUCGGCAAAUAAUUUGAAACACUUACAUUAAACUGUACAUGACCAGUAUAUCAUGUCGGGUGAAUAGGGUUUUAUGAAAUCUAACCUAAUUAGUUCUAAUAAAACUUUAUUUUCAUUUCUCUAGAAUGUUCAGCUACCGAAACUCCCCGUGCCGGAUCUCCAGGCGACUCUAGACUCUUACUUAGACUUCGCGUCAGUGAUCGUUGGUCCGCAACAGCUGGACACUACCAAGGCGCUGGUGCGCAGCUUUUCGGAGGAACUCGGCCCGCGGCUGCAGGAGGUGCUGCAGGAUAGGCAAGAUAAGAUGGACAAUUGGAUAACCGAUUGGUGGUUGGAUGACAUGUACCUAAAGGUCCGCCUGCCUCUGCCGAUCAAUUCCAAUCCUGGUAUGGUGUUUCCGAAACGGCACUUCGCAAAAAUGGAGGAGGUAGCAGAUCUUGGCGCGCUGUUCAUCGACGACCUGCUCGAUUAUAAAGAGAUGUUGGACAGAGGAGAGCUUCCGCUGGAACGAGCGACUAGCCGCGAGAAAGGUCAGCCUUUAUGCAUGGAGCAGUUCUACCGUCUGCUGGGUGUGUGCCGCGUUCCAGGCGUGGGCAAAGAUCGCUUGGAACUGCCAGCGAUGGCCGAGAGGGAAAAUGAGGAGCUCGUUGUAGUCGCUUGCAAAAACUAUUUCUAUCCGAUUCCCGUGAAAGCCGCAGACCGCGGGCGUUUAACUGCUGGUGAGAUUCAAGCCCAGCUAUUGCACGCUAUGGUGGAUGCGGCAGGGGCUCCGUUGGCUCCGAAAGUCGGCCUGCUCACCGGUAUGAACAGAGACCAGUGGGCACGAGCCAGGGAACAGCUCGCUAAAG